CAACGACCACUGCCCGAAGGCCCCGAAGCAUGGGCGACGACGCUUCGGAAGGCGCCGCGCGCGCCCACUACGGCGUCAGCGAGGCCUCUUCCUCCUCGUCGUUGUCUACUCUCCCGGCCGUUCCCUGCGGCUUCGUCAACGGCGGCGAGCCGCCGCUACGACCGCGGCGCCUCCUAGACGAGACGUGCGCCGGCGCGUCGCCAUGGCCACUCGAGAACGCCGGACGCAGCCUCGUGGCGUGGACGAGGGGGGGCGGCGCCGUCCGCGCUCUCUUCGUCAUAUCGGUUGGAUCCCUGGCAUUGGUACCGCUCACUCUCCUUCUGAUCUUCGCCUUCUUCCUGAUGGCGGCGGCGACGGCCGCGAUCGUCGUCUCGAUCGGGAUUUCCCUGGCCGCCGCCGGAGCACUCCUGGCUGUGAUGUACGUCAGUGCACUGUCGGUCGUCGUCUUCGUUAUCUCGGUCACGACCAUGGCGACAGUCAUUGCCAUCACGAUUGCCACAGGUUGGGUUGCAUUCUUCUGGACUCUUUGGUUUUCUACUAAGAAAUGCUUCGGAACUUUCUAACCUGAUAAACAAUCGAUUGGCACACAAGUCGCGCAAUCUGAUGAGCGUAUUUCACUCGCUUUCUCAGGAUAUCAUGUACAAAUGUCUUCCUGUAUACACAGAUGUGCGCCAUUUGAGAAUUUAGCUAGCGCUGUGAAUAAUGGCAUAUGCUCCUUUAGAUACCAGCACAAAUUAAGACAUCAGGUAUAAUUAUCCAAGUCUGGUUUUGUUGUUAGCUUUGGUCCAUGUAAAUCCAAAUAACUUGUUUGUAAAGGUCAACUGCUUCCGACGACAAAUGUAAGAACGCAAUUACAGCAUGGGUUAGCAUAA